GCUUUUGGACCCGGGAGGAGGAGCAGAGGCUUUAACGGGGUUAUGGAGCAGCAAAGAAAAUCACGGAGUGUCCCAUUUCAGACCUGAAUUCCGCUGAUCUCCCGCUUUUCGUCCAUAAAGAAGCGCGGUCUGUUACUCUGCCUCACGAUGUCCGUGCAGUUGUAGAGCUUCUCCUGCGCAGAAUGGCCACUGCAGCCGCGGAGUCCGAGCAGGUCGAGGAUGAAGAGCACUGGCUCUACGGGGAUGAAAACUCCAAGAAUCAGGCUGUAAACGAUGAAACGAGAGAGACAGAACCUGCUCCUGAGAGCAGCAACAGCACGGAGGAGAAGAACGACACAGAGCAGGCAGCUAAAAGUGCAGAGGAUGAGGAAGAGGAGGACAGUGACAGCGAUGAUGAAGAUGAUGUCAAGGUCACCAUCGGCAACAUCAAGACGGGAGCUCCAGCUUACAUGGGGUCUGGAAUGAACCUCAGCAUUAAACCAGUGCGAGGAUAUGGAGUGGCGGCUACAAAUAAACUUCAGUGUAAAGGUGUGGACAUGGAGUCGCUGAGCGGCUUUAAUGGACUCCAUGCGGUUGAGGCGGAGGCUGAUACGUAUGAAGACAAACCCUGGAGGAAGCCAGGUGCUGACCUGUCGGACUAUUUUAACUACGGUUUCAAUGAAGAGACGUGGAAGGCGUACUGUGAAAAGCAGAGAAGGCUUCAGCUCGGACUUGACCCCUGCCUUCCUCCCAGUUUUGAGAACAAAAUCACAGUCCAGCAAGGUAGAACGGUCAGUUUGGAGAAGGAGGCUGAAAACUCUACGGUCAAACUGGAUUUCAAGACUGACUUUUCUACGCAGGCCAUAACGGCGUCCAGCAGGCUGAAAGCUGGACCUCCACCCAACAGGAAAAUGGGCGGGACGAUUGAUGUGAUUGGUGGACAGACGGGAGCCAUUCGCAGAGUGGAGGGCCGAAGAAGAGAGAUCCCAGAGCAGAAUCCUAUUCAGGUUCUGGGUGAUCAUGGCAACAAGACCCAGCCCCUGACUCCACCCACAGCUCCGCCUCCCCUCCCCCCUAUAGGAGUUCCACCACCACACUUUCUGCAUCGCCCACCUCCGGUCUCCGGUAUGCCCCCACCCAUGCAGCCUCCAGGUAUUCCUCCACCUGCCCUUCCAGGUAUGUUCCCUCCGCCUCUGGUCCCUCCACCAAACCUAAUGAUGCCGCCUGUCAACAGUCGAUGUCCGUCCUCAGGCUAUGCUAACAGAGCGCCCCCUCCUUUUGGAUACAGCAGUGGAGAGCCGAACUUCAUCAGCUAUCCUCCGGUCUCCUCCUCACAUAUGCAGUGGGGUGGAGUGAUGGAGAAGAGCGCAGGAGGAGGAGGAGGAGGAGGAGGGGGUGGACACUGGGAGCACUCCCGACGAGAACGAGAGAGAGAGAGAGAAAGAGAGAUGGACAGAGAAAGAGAGACAGAAAGGAGGGAGCGAACGCCCACCACAAAUGAAUAUAUUGAGGAGGAGCGCUAUCGCUAUUACGCUCGCGAGAGCGAGAGAGAGUACGAACGCUUCCAUCACCCUCGCGCGAGCAGCCGGGGGAGAGAGGAGCACACUGGGAGAGAGAGACGACACAGAGAGAAGGAAGAGAGCGGAAAACACAAGUCUUCCAAACGCAAACAGCACGACGACGACGGAGACGGCCACCGCAGACACAAACACAAAAAGAACAAACGCAGCAAAGAAGAGAGAGCAGCGGAGGACGCAGGUGGACCAGGAGACGAACACGAACACAAGGACUAAAUACACCACCAGCAAAUGCUGAUACUUAGUAGUUGUAGUUAACCAAGCCUUCUGCAGUUUUAUAUGGAUUAUUUCUGACUAAUUUCUGACAAGUGGAUAAAUUGUGUGGAAAGUGCAGAUCCUAAACCUUCAGUCCAAACCGCAUUAGUGUUUGUAAGUAGAAGAGAUUAAGUAGAAAAUUAUAGUAGAAUCUUGUUUCUGUAAUUUUUUGACAUAAAAAAAUUACAAAAUAAUAACUACGUAACUAAAUUUGCAAUAACAUAAUUGCAUUUAAAUAGAGCAAAACUACACUGAUAAUUCAGGAUUCUACAGGAUCAACACAUCAGUUACCAAUGGAUAUCCAGUCCUUUAGGAAUCGGUGUUGGUAAUGACAGAUGAUCUAAAGAUACUCAUGUGUUUAAAAGUUUAGGGUUAUUUUGUGAUACAUUUAAUUCUGUAAUUAUGCAGUUACUUACCUGGUUACUUAAUGAAUCACAUUUUUAUUUGAUUGACAUUCUGUAUUGACCACACUAACACACCAGAACCACGUCAGUGUUACUGCAGUGCUGAGAACGACCUUAAUCUGUUCUAGUUCUAGACCUUAAUCUGAUCUAAGAAAUCAGACCACUUAAUAAUGAGAUAACUGCAGAAAUCAGAUUAUCAAUACAUUCAUUGUCAGAGUAUGUGAAACAGUAGCUGGCCGAGUGAGAGUGAAGCUAACACAGCUCUGUUAUCCCCCCUCGCGCUGCUGCUGCUGAAUGGAGCACAGUGAGUAGGAUACUCGUGUGUUUAAUAGUUUAGGGUUAUUUUGUGAUGCAUUUAAUUAUGUAAUUAUGCAGUUACUUACCUGGUUACUUAAUGAAUCACAUUUUUAUUUGAUCGACAUUCUGUAUUGACCAGUUCAAGUCAGCGCUUGUGAGUUUUUCCUGAUUUCUUUGGGAAAAAAAAAAACAUGGCUCUAAUAUUAGUGGCCGAAACCGAAAUUUAAGACAUGCUUAGAGGAAAAACGAAUUGAUAUAAAAUAGACAAACUAAAAUUACUACAGUAUAUAGGCUACAGAAUGUACUAAUCCAACGUCCUCAACAACAGGCAAGGCAAUGAAUUUUUCAGGUAUACUUCACAUUUUGGCUGUCAAAAAUUGUGUCUGCAGAUUCGGUGGCGCAGUGGGUAGUGCUGUCGCCUCACAGCAAGCAGGGCCUGGGUUUGAUUCCCAGCCGGGCGUCCGGGUCCUUUCUGUGUGGGGUUUGGUGUGUGGUUUGCAUGUUCUC